CAUUUAGGAAAGAACAAGAAGGGAGACCACUGAGGAGAAGUUUUAUAAGUUCACGGGUGACCUCAGCUGUCAAGUUCCUGGAUGUGGGUAUGCUGCACAAAACUUUACAACUCUGUGCCCAUCUCAGAUUUCACAUCACAGACGGGAAAAAAGUAUUAUGUCCAUUUGAAGAUUGCUCUAAAUACUUCAGUGUCCGAACAUCAUUUUCCAGCCGUAUUUCUCGAAAACAUAAGUAGACAGUUCAGCAGUCAAGGGCAACAAGAAAUUGGGGAAUUUGCCAUAAUACAAGGACAGGACACAGUUAAUCUAUUAGAAGACAGUUGGCUUUGUGUAAUUUAAAAAUGCAGGCUAAAAUGCUCUUACCAACCAGCACUAUACAGAGGAUCAUAGAGGAAUUUCAGGAUCUUCUCAGCUGUGCAAUGCACGAUGUUCUUGCAGUACUGUCUGACAAACUCUUCAUUUAAUAUUCCAUAAGCAGAAGUGGACAAAAUCAAUCAAGAACUUUUUUCAUAGAGGACUAUAUAUAUCUGAGACACAGUAGGUUUCCUGACAAAGCUUUAAAAGCAAAACAUCACUAUUUGUUACAUUAUGCAGAGCUUAUCCUUCACUUUGGACCACUCAUUUGUUUGUGCACCCUUAGGUUUGAGAGCAAGCACUCGUAUUUCAAAGCAUGUACAAGUUCAGUCUUGCAUAACUUUGUCAACUUAUGCAAGACUGAACGGCAUCAGUUACUGCAGUCCUACCUGUCAGUGGGCCAAAUGUUUCCACCUAUAGUUCAAAUGAUUGGAGAAACAAGUGAUUAGAAUCCUCAUCUUUACAACACUCUCAUUCAAGAAGCUGUGGCAAGCUUUGGAUGUGUCAGCAGUUGUCUACAAAGGUACCAAGUAUGUCAAAGGCUAUGUUUCCAUUGUAGAUGACACUGAUGAUGGCUUGGUUUUUGGGAAGAUAACUGUUAUACUUGUUAACGAUUCUGAAUUGUACUUUGUGCUCGAGUUGCAUCACUCAGUACUUCUCAUUGACCUUGGACUUCACUGCUUGCGUUGCCCUACAGAAAGAAGUGUUUGUGUAAAUGCUGACAGUCUGAUGGAUUAUUACCCACCACCACUUUAUAACAUGGCAGGCCUUUUUGUUGUCUCCCUACACCAUUCAGUUUCCUCUUAAUUCUCUUUCAGGGAUGGAAAUUGAAGAGGAACUCACAAGCCUCCUGCUGACACUAGACAGAGAGAAAAUAAUCUGCAUUGUAGAACAUCGUUAUUGGUGUACAACAAAAAAGUGUUUGUGGAGGCGGAAGAUCUCAAACCCUUUCUCACACCAAUUCAAAUACGUAAACUACUUCUUGCAUUUAAAGGAGACCAGAGAACCUGAAUGACACCAUUACUCUGAAGCCUUGCCCUGCUGCAUCAGCUGAAACAUCAAGCCAUCCACCUCACCCCUCCUCCUCCACGUCCACCACUAUGUACAACCAUUACUCCAGCUCUUGGGUCUCACACUUACAGAUUCCUUGGGAAAGAUUUCCACUCCGACUGUCGCAUGCAAUCACAAGAGGGGACAGAGCUCAUCCAGAGGACAGGAGAAGUAUGGUUAGAAUUGUUGUGGAGGCCAUGCAAGUUCACUGCAGGAACCCUAAACGUGCAUCUUGUGAAGAAGUUGCUAAAAUCAUUGUAAACAGAUACCCUCAAACAUUUGCAGAUUUUACUGAAAAGGGAGAAAGACUGGGUUGUGGACAUUAUUUACUACUAAGAAGCAUCAAAUCUAGAGUUGAACAUGUUAAUCGAGAUAACACAACACAUAGACUUCGUCAAACAAAGAGAACCAGGAAUGAGGAAGACUACAGUCCCAACAGUAAUGCAACCUCACCUAAAAAAGUUAGAUGCCUUGUGGAUAGCUAUAGUUGUAUAAAUUGGCAACCAGUUGAACUUCCUGAGGGGGAAACGCCAGCUUCUUUAGAGGAAAAGAAACACAUCUUGUUAACAAUUUUUAAUUCACAAGGACCUGGAGCUGUGGAGAGACCUGAUGUGGAUGACUUCAUGUGCCUCACAUAUAUUUCUCAGCAGCAGCUUAUCAACAGUUGUCCCUCACUUUCAGGAGCUGAAAUUCAGGAGCAGUGGCCAUUCUUGUUUACUCGGAAAGGUCUUUCGAACCACUUUUACAAACUCGCAGGCAUCGAUAUCAGUGAGCGCUUAGGUCAGGCCCUCAUAACCAAAGGCAGAAGGAUUAUUAACUAUUUCUCCAGCCAGAAGCUCAAAUGGAACCUUGGUAUAAGGACACUCAUCCAGCAGAUAGAAAGUGAGGGAGUUUUGACCAACAACAAGGUUGGCACAGCAACCAUACUUCUCAUGAUGAAGUAUUACAAGGAAGAUGAAGACUCCCUCUUUGUCUCAGCAGAUGAAACAUCUACCAGGAUGUCCCUUGAAGCAGAGAGCAACCUGCCAAUCACCCCAAGGCUGAUUAUGCUUGGACAAAGUUCAAUGACCGCCACCUGCUGGAUGGUGAGUGCAGAGGGCCGUGUAAUUGUUGAGCUGGACAAAGAGAACAUCUUUGCUGAUGCGAUGUCAGUCUUCUUUGGUUCAUUCUAUGUAUUGAACCUGGAAUACCAGGAGUCAGCGUGUGCAACAUUGGAACUAAUUCAGAGGUUUUUUGUAAGGAUAAACCCUGAAGAGGGAACAAAAUGUACCUCCAAGGUUGGGACAAGCAGAAAGACUGGGACCACUGUGAAGCGAAAGAUGAUCCAUGGCCCAUGCUUUCUGGACAUUUACACAAGACGAACAACAAUGAAGACAAGCUCUCUCGCCAUCUUGCAAGACGCUGUCUCUGUCCAAUAGGUUUUUUGAGUGCAACAGAUUUGAUUUUCUUUUUCCUUCUUUUACCCGUUUGUUAAAAAUUAUUUCAGCUACUUACACUUUAAUUGUCACAUGUAUUGGCUCACCCUACAAAUCAAUGAACUCAGUCCACAAAGCAAGGUCAGGGUUCAGUGCAGGUCAGUCAAGUUCCUUCACACCACACACACUCAUCCAUGUCCUUGUGGACCCUGCUUUGUGCAUUGAUUUGGUAGUGUGAGCCAGUAUUUUGGAUAAAGUGUAUAUACAGGCAGAAGUGUGGGGCUUGAUAUUAUAUUCAUUACAAUUCAGUUUAUUUGUAUGGUGCCAACAAAAUGAAUGCCAAGGCACUUCACAUUGUAGGUUUAAGACCCUACAAAAUAUAACUAAGAAAACCCAACACUUGAGCAUAUGUUGUCUGCCAUGAUAUGGAUAUGACAUAAUAUCGUUAUUGUUUGUACAACCAUCUGAGAAAA